UCGUUAGCUUCUCCUGAUAAACUAAUUGUCUCACAUUGUCAUUGCAAAUUGACACCUAUUAAUGGGUCUCACCUCCCAACUGCUUCCCCCUCUGUUCUUCCUGCUAGCAUGUGCCGGCAACUUUGUCCACGGACACAACUGCCAUAUCGCUUUACAGGAGAUCAUCGAAACUCUGAACAGCCUCACAGAGCAGAAGACUCUGUGCACCAAGUUGACCGUAACGGACAUCCUUGCUGCCUCCAAGCAGCAUGCAUGUCUGCCCACCUCCAGACACUCAGGUAGCAUCUGCUGCCCCCCACCAGCCCUUGUCCCCUCCACCUCGACUCACCCACAAAGCCCAGAGAAAACACAACUGAGAAGGAAACCUUCUGCAGGGCUGCGACCGUGCUCCGGCAGUUCUACAGCCACCAUGAGAAGGACACUCGCUGCCUGGGUGCAACUGCACAGCAGUUCCACAGGCACAAGAAGCUGA